AGUAGUCUAGUUUAUUGGUCUCUGGACAGUAGCUUAUCAUCAAUCAGCAUCGGUCGAUUAUAUUUACACGGAGCGUGUGAUAUUAAAUUUUUAAAAAAUACACAAAGAGAAUUCAGUUUCGGAAAAAUGAGUGAUUUACUUGAUGACGAUUUAGAGUUCCGAGGCGGCACUUUGCAGCUUUCCGCGGACCAUGUCCCUAGCGAGAGUGUGGAAAAUCAACAAGGCAACGUCUCGGAGAAUCCGGCCAGAAGGAAGCCUCCGUCGAAUGUAAAUCCUUCUGUGUUGUCAGGUGCUGAUUCUCUUACUUCUUCUACUUCGUCUUUUGCAGCAUUUUGUUUUCCAGAUGCGAGGAAUGAAGAACAGAUGAACGCAACAGCGGCGACACCGACUGAGUCCGUAAAAACCGUUUAUCCAAGAUAUGAUGUACCAUUCAAUAAGGAGAAUAUUAAAGAUUUCUUCACUUUCCGAAAAGGCGUGGUCGAGACGGCCAUACAGGAGUGUAUUACCGCUUUAUUGUUUCCGGAAGACGGAGAAUAUUUGGGAUCAUGGCUGUUGACUGAAAUAACAUUAUGGGACAAUGAGAAAGAGAGAAUUGUUUUGCUCACUUCAAGGCUAGUCAUGACAAUUAAGUAUGAUUUUAUAGCCAUGAAGCAGUUAGACUUUAAGAAGACCUAUCUAGAUGACCUGGAUACCAUCGUAAUUGGGGAAUUAGUGUACCCGCAAUCUUCUCUAGUACCCCGCAUAAACGGCAUUGCGACCGGCGUGACGACGGUUGUAAAGGACUGCGUGAUAGACCGGCUGUGUCGGCGGCCCAGCGCGGAGGGGCAACCCGAUGUCGCGGACAGACUGUUCGAUCCCAAGUAUUUUGAACCUAGGGAACGCAACCUCCGCGGCGUUCGCUUGAUGUGGAACAAGGGUGAGCCGGUGCCGUUGAAGACUGUGUGGAACCCGUUCAGUCAGGACGUACCGUUUCUUACAUUCGCAUCGCAUCCUAUAUUUUGGCAUAAAGAAGGAGGACUAGAAGAAAAAGUCACUUACGAUAUGGAAACCUUCGCGCAGAAGCUCCAGAGGGCGAUAGAAUGCAUGCCAUCAUCAGCAUGUUGUAUCCAUCACUCACCAAUCGUUAUCCAGAGCUACGUGGGUCUCACAUCUCUACUUCACAACAAGACCAGUAUGGGAUUCUUCAAGGUCAGAGGAAAGUUUAGUUUCUAAUUAAAGAAAAAAUUGUAUAUGGAUUAUGUGGCUACACGGCAUGCUUUAAAUCGAUAUGCGGAACUGUAAAAUGUGGUAUUCGCUAUCGAUAUAUAUCUAUUGUAUCGAUUAGCACACGCAUCGCCCUGAAUCGAGCUGGGAAUGUUCAAUGUGGUCUAUGAAAUUUUAUCGAUACAUUCAAAUUAUCUAAUAAUUAUCGAUAUGUGAUUGUAAUUAUUUCAGUAUUAGGAUGUUAAGUUUAAAGUAGCGAUGUGGCUGAUCUGUGUAUUUGAGUACCAUGUAUCAAUACAUCGAUAUUUUUCGGUAUUAUAUGUGCUAAUCUCUUGCCUCAAAAGAAGUGAUACAAUUUGUGAGUAAAGCUGCCUGUGUUUAAUAGCAUUACAAUUACGAGUUAUUAAUAAAGAUAUAUUCGAUGUUAAUGCUGUGUUUAAAAUAGCUUCUGUGGUACUCCAUAUUUCAUUUUACGAUCUCGAUCACAAUAAAUGUCUCAAAUUUAUCGAUGUUUGACAUUAAAAUCCUUACAUGUUCGAAUUGUUGACCUAACUGUCGAUAAAAUUUUGCUUAAUUAAAUUAAUUUUAUUCGAAUUAUUAAAAUUACGUUGUGAUUUUUUGUUGUGCUCCAUUGAUAUAUUGAUUUUAAAAAUUUUAUGUGUGAUAUAAUAUAUGUAUUCGUAAAUUGUUGUUUUAAAGUUAUAUAAAGUCAAUGUAAGAUAUGCACACGCAUAAUAUUUGUAAUUAUUAUAAUGUAAUAAUACGCUAGCUCUGAAAAAAAAAUAUAUAUUAUAUACAUAGUUAUCUGUUAUGUAUAUUAGUAAUAAACAUGUUCUUAUUGAAUGUUAAUUAUAGCAUUUGUCACUGGCAAAGGGUGGCAUUUUCCCGAAAGGGAACACGACACAACAUGUAGGUACUAAUAUGCAUUAAAUACGGUUUGCAAAUCGUUUUAAUGAUAAUUAGAUUCUACAGAAAUUCUACUUAAAAAGAAGCCGGCAGGAAUCGGUUAUAUAUGGACCCUUUGCCACUGAUAUUUGUAUCUCUAGUGUUUCAUAUUUUAGCCUCAGACAAUGUAUUACAAAAUAUUGAUUUAUAUCGGUUAUUAAUUGGGUAAUUUUGGGGUGCGUAUGAGCUAGUUUUUUUGUAACAAAACCAAAAGCGUGUGACGUGUAUUUUGAUAGAUGAGUGUUUCUAAAUAAAUUUACGUAACGAAAUAGUUUUUAUGAAAAAUUGUUACGAAAUUAUCUGUCUCGUUUGUCUUUUUUGUUUGUUUGUUGUAUCAAAUAUAUACAAUGACUGUAGACAAAAAACGCAAUAAUAUUGCGUAAAAACUAUUUCGUUACGUACAUUUAUUUUGAGAAAUAUUCAAUUUCGACUCUCUUGGCUUGUACGUCUUAGAAAUUGGUCUCUGCUCGUACACGCAUUGCAAAUACGUAUUUAUAUACUCAUAAAUUAUUAUCCUCAUAACUAAUACGUAGCUGUUAUGCAAAUUUUUAAAGUAGCUAGACGUCUUUAAGACCCAUUUUCCAACGAAAUAUUUGAUUAUUUCGACGAUACGAGGGAUGGAAAUGUAAAAAUAUAAAAUUGUAUUUAAAGGAAACGGUGAUAACUGCACGUAAACACUCGGAUUAUGGACGUAACGGAUUCAGAUAAAUUAUCGCAUUAAUCCGGGAUGCAUAACUAUCGUUGUUAAAUUUAAACUGUUUUUUGUUUGUGUUGUUAACGUGAUAAAAUUGCCUGUUGGGAAAUUAAAUAUAAUUUAUAAAUUACAUAAGUCAUAUUUUAAUGGCCGGUUGUAGUUUUGAUUAUAGAUUGCGUGUAUUCCUAGCUGCGUCAGAGUCGUAUCUGAACACGAUAUUACGGGCAUAUAUGGCCUGUUGGGAAAUUGAAUAUAAUUUAUAAAUUACAUAAUGGGUGGUUUUAGUCUUGAUUAUUGAUUCCGUGUAUUCCUAGCUAUCGUACUUGAACACGCUUAUUUAGGUUUUGGCGCGUGUUUACGUAUUUGAUAAUGUAUGACUAAUAAAUUCUUAGCCAAAAUUUUGAUAUUUAAAUCAACGGCGUGCUCGAGAAUUACGAAUAGUGCAAAUUUUAAUUUGUUAUUAUAAUUAUGUAAAUUAUUCUCUGUAAUUUGUUCGUCAGCCGAAUAUAUCCGCGCUUUGCUAUAAACGUCAUCGUCACAACAUGAAAUAUGUGAUAACAACUAUUUCAUUGCCAACAGAAAUUAGAAAAACAUGGUCGUUUACAUAGUCUACUCGAUUUGUGUAGAAAAAGCUACAGUAAAAAGAAUUUUCUCGAAUGUGCCUGCAUUGUUUGUAAAAGUUAUAUACUUAUGACAUUAGAUUUUUUUAAAGACUUGCUAUAAUUGGAACACGUUGUGCAAAAUGUUUAAACCCUUAAAAACUAUAAAAAAAUAAUCGAAUUGAAUAAAAUUACUCAGUGAAUAUGAUUUGUUAUUAUCCAGGAGACACAAAAAAUAAACUAUUCCACAUUAAAAUUCAGAACAUUUUUUUCGGUGGCUAUCUAUUUCCCAGUUGAUACGAAAAUUAUUUUAUCACAAUAAACACGGAACAAUUUCUAUUGUUUAUAAACAAAAUAUUUCCUUGCAUUGCAUAGCGUUCUUUCUAUCCGAUUAUUUAUUGUAUAACCAGAUACAACAAAUAAUCGGAUAGCCAAGGCGACGCUUUAUUUUCCGCCAUUUUCAAUAAACGAUUCGAAUCGCUUUUCUCGAUGGAUCACGAAAAUGGACCAAUCAGAAUGAAGUAUUUCAGAUAUGCUUAUAAGACCUAUUUUAAUUGGUUUAUUAAUUAUUGGAAAGGAUAUUUAUUUAUUUAUUUACUAACUUCUAAUUUACAAUUUGGUUUACCUUAAAUUGAAAAAAAUAAAAAUAAAAAAAAUUGAUACUGAUAUCGUUGAAAAAAUUGGUUACUAGCUGACGCGACAGACGUUGUCCCGUAUACAAACAGCCAACAGUCCAGCCGUUCACGUGUGAUGGCGUGACCAAGGGAAAUAGGGAUUCAUUUUUAUAUGUAUAGAUUUUGUGGGUGGUCAUUGUUGCACAACCUUCCGAGUAUUCUUAGGGUCGUGUGUAAGAGGUUAAUGGUAAUGUAGGUAGGGUUGAUGUUAUGUAAUGAGAGUUUUAAGGGUAAAGCGCGUAGCUUUUGCAUGAUUAGGGACGUAAAGUUACCAUUAAUUUGUCAUAAAAAUUAGCUUAGGUCAGGGGCCCCUAUUUCGUCUCUAGGGGCGAAUUCGUCUUUGCAAUUACAGGCGUUCUAUUUGAGGGACAGGUUCAAUAGUUGUAAAAGUAAUAGAGUAAAAAAAAACAAUUUACCUAUACGGCCACCAAUGCAGUCUGAUUAGACCGACCGUGGUUGCAAAAGAACGGAUAUACCCCUGAAGACGGAAUAGAAGCCUCUGGCCUUAAUUACAAAAUAGGUACAAAUAUAUUUAAAAGAAUCAGUUUUAACCUAUUUGCUGAAACAUUUAAACUAAA